AUGACACUUCAGAGAAACAGUUCCAACCAGUCUCCAGGCACCAGUGUGAUGGUGGAUAUCUCUGUGAUGGGGGAGGCCCAUGGUCUGGUCUCAGAUCUGCUGGCUGAUCCCUCGCUCCCCCCCAGGGCCUGGGGCUCCCUGAGGGUUGUGAGCACCCUGCUGAGCACCCAGGUCCUCCAGCCCCCUGCCGGCCCCCUGGGCCCCCUGCCCCCCCGGUCCUUGGCUGCGACAUGCGCUCCUGCCUCUGAGGAGGUGGAGGGGGGAGACAGGGCGGAGAAGUUGGCCCUGCCGAAGCGACUGAGGCGGAGCUUGCCUCCAGGGUUGCUAAGGAGAAUCUCAUCGUCGUGGACAACCACCACCUCAGCAACAGGCCUGCCCACUCUGGAGCCUGGUACAAUCAGACGAGACCACUGCAGCCCCAAAGACAUCCGCCCCCUGGCUUCAGGGAAGACACGCCCCCUGUCUUCCUCCUACUCUGGCUCCGCCUCCAAACACAUCUACAACAGACGGCACGCAAGAGCAGCUCCAGGUCACCCUCCCUGCCUGUUCUCCCCCCUGGCCUCCCCCUGCUCCGCCCGCCCCCUACAGGGGACCCCAGUGUCCAGCCCCACAGCCAGGAGCUCUGUGGAGCUCCCUGGCCCCCCUGCUCGGGCCCCCAGGCCCCCCCGCAGGCCCCUCACGCACAGCCUGAGCGCCCCCAGCUCCACCACACCUCCCUGGAGCCCCCCACCUCUCUGUAGCAGCUGUGGUCGUCCCUUCAUCCAGCAGGGAGAAGGGCAUGAGGAGACUCCACUCAAAGACGACCCUGUCCUGGCCUCCUCGGACUACGACAGCACCUACGAGACCAACCACAGCGACAGCAGCGACUUUGCACUGACCGAGGAGGAGGGGGGCAGGCAGGCCCCCAGGGACCCCGAGGGGGGCAGGGAGGCCCCCAGGGACCCCGAGGGGGGCAGGGAGUUCCAACCCGAGGCCCUGCUGGGCCCCCCGCUGCCCUCCCAAGAGGACCCUCCCCUCUUGGCCCCGGAGCUCCUGGUGAUGUCAGAGCUGGAGCCCCUGAUGAGCCAGCUGACCCGCUGGAACUUCCCCAUCUUCACCCUGGCGGAGAAGACUCACGGCAGGACUGGACACAUCCUCUCUCAGGUUUCAUACAGGCUGUUUGAGGACACAGGUUUGUUUGAGAUAUUUCAGAUCCCUGUGAGAGAGUUCAUGAACUACUUCACCGCACUGGAGAACGGAUACAGAGACAUUCCCUACCAUAACCGUAUCCACGCCACUGAUGUGCUCCAUGCAGUGUGGUACCUCACCACCCAGGCUGUGCCAGGACUGCCUUCCCUGCCCCAACACACACCCUGCUCUGAUGGUGAGCCGGCCUUGAUCUCCCCCUUCCAUGGGGGCUACCUGGUGUCCAGGAUGACGUGUGGUGGCCCUGGCCCCGGCUGCCCCGGCCCCGGCCCUGGCCCCGGCCCUGGCCCCGGCCCUGGCCCCGGCUUCCCCGGCCCCGGCUCCAGGGGCCUCUCAGGUCUCAUUCCGGCGCUGGAGCUCAUGGCGCUGUACGUAGCGGCCGCCAUGCACGACUACGACCACCCUGGUAGGACCAACGCCUUCCUGGUCACCACCGGCGCUCCCCAGGCCGUUCUGUACAACGACCGAUCGGUCCUGGAGAAUCACCACGCCGCCUCCGCCUGGAGCCUCUUCCUGUCUAGGCCAGAGUACAACUUCCUGUCCAGCCUGAGCCACGUGGAGUUCAAGCGCUUCCGCUUCCUGGUGAUCGAGGCCAUCCUGGCCACCGACCUGAAGAAGCACUUUGACUUCCUGGCAGAGUUCAACGCCAAGGUGGGGGAGGAGGGCUGCUCGGGGAUCGACUGGACCAAUGAGAAUGACCGUCUGCUCGUGUGUCAGAUGUGCAUCAAGCUGGCUGACAUCGACGGGCCACUGAAGAGCAGGGAUCUGCACCUGCAGUGGACCGAGCGCAUCGUCAACGAGUUCUACCAGCAGGGGGAUGAGGAGGCCAGGCUGGGAUUACCCAUCAGCCCCUUCAUGGACGGCUCCGCCCCCCAGCUGGCCCGGCUGCAGGACUCCUUCAUCAGCCACAUAGUCGCCCCACUCUGCUCCUCCUACCACGCCGCCGCUCUCAUGCCUGGACACUGGCUCAGGGAGGAGCAGGAGGAGGAGCAGGAGGAGGAGCAGAAGGAGGAGCAGAAGGAGGAGCAGAAGGAGGAGCAGAAGGAGGAGCAGGAGGAGGAGCAGCAGGAGGAGGGCACGUCAGAGCACGAUGCUUCCACAAGCUCAGACAGCUCUCAGGCAGGAGCAGGUGUGAGCAGGAGGAGGAAGAGGAGAGGGAGAAGGGGCAGGAGGGUGUUCUGUCCAAUUACCCAGCAGCUCCUGCAGAACCACCAGAUGUGGAAGAGUGUCAUCGCCAUGGAAACAAAGGAGAAGGCGGCGAAGGGGGAGGAGCUUAGCUGCAUCAGCAGUCCUGCCGAGCCAAUCACAGCCAUCCGUGAGGAGGAGGAACCAACCAGCAAAGAGGAGCCAAUAGAUAAUGAGAGUGAGAAGGGGGGGCUUUUGAAGGAGGCGGAAGUGACCGACCAAUCAGAGACCUCGGGGAGAAAAGAGGAGUGAGAGUUUGCCCUUUGACCCUCCUGAAACAGGAGGACAUUGCCUCAAUGGCCUGACCUCAGUCGCCAGCACAUCACUUAGACACAACACUAUAGAAACAAGGGAGAAAUGUGCCUAUAAAUACCUGGGGGGGCACAUUAAAUACCUGGGGGGGCUAACCCUAACCACAGGAUUGUGUGAUGGAAGGAAGGAAGGAGGGAAUGGUAUUUAUUCUAUCAGGUCUUUUUUAGAUGCUCUUUCUGUUCCAAGGAGUAAUACUGCAAUAUGGCUCACAACACCCCCCCCCCC